AUGCAGUGGGAAGCAAAAUACUGAAAAGAGGAGGAGUUUCGCUUCUUAUGCUACGGGCACAAAACGAGACACCACCGUCGAAACGACUAUCAGUUAUUCUCUACCGAAGCGAACAGCUAAAUUAUGGCACCGAAAACCAGUGGAAAGGCCACCAAGAAGUCCGGAAAGGCACAGAAAGUCAUCGUCAAGGGAGAGAAGAAGAAGAGAAGACAGCGCAGGAAAGAAAGCUAUGCCAUCUACAUCUACAAGGUGUUGAAGCAGGUCCACCCGGACACCGGAGUCUCGUCGAAGGCCAUGAACAUCAUGAACAGCUUCGUCAAUGACAUCUUCGAACGUAUUGCUGCUGAGUCGUCCCGUCUGGCUCAAUACAACAAACGCUCGACGAUCACCUCCCGCGAAAUCCAAACUGCUGUCCGUCUGCUGCUGCCGGGUGAGUUGGCCAAGCACGCUGUUUCUGAAGGAACCAAGGCCGUCACCAAGUAUACUAGCUCCAAGUAAAUUCGUACCAUCCAAACAAUCAAUCGGCCCUUUUCAGGGCCACAAAUCGAUUUCCAACGUGAAAGAGAUUUUGAUGAUUUAUUGAACUUUUAAAUGUUCGAAAGCAGCGUUAGCAAAGUUCGCGAUAAGAAAUUAGUUGAUUUGCCUUAUGAAAGUAAGGUUGACAAAAAGAAUAAGAGGUUGCAUCCAUGACACGACCGUACGGUUUUGACGUAGAUGGAACAUGAAGUAAUUGUGACACGCUUGGCAUGGAUGGCGAACAGACCGACCAGA